AAUUAUUAUUAUCAUUAUUAUACUAAUUAAUAAACUAAUCCACCACCAUCACCCUACCAUAACCCCCCCAUUGACCUUCUCCUCUCUAAUCUUUUUAUUCGCCUUGGUUCCUACGUUUUCCUUCAUUUUCCACCCUUUUUCCAUUUUCAUUCUUAUUCUACAUUCACACACUAUGUUUCUCCAUUCCCAAUGAUGGAUUCUCCCUCUUUUUCCUCUUCUUCCUCUGACUUCGCUUCCGCCAUUCAGAGUGCAUCCCGGAGUAGGAGAAGUGGCGGCGGCAGCAGUGAAAUGGUGGCGGCGGCAGAACAAUCGCGGCGGUGGCAUGAUGUUUUCUGGUUAGGAAUAUUUGUCAUUCAUUUGAUUGCACUGGGAUUCCUUUUGGGGGUUCUUGGUCUCAACAGGUUUGAGAAAGAGAAUAGACUGAACAUUGAUAAGUACACUCCUGGUCUUACUGGGAAUCAUGCCGGGUUAACCGAAACUUAUUGGCCGCUUUAUGCGGCUGCUGGUGGAAUUGGGACUGUUCUUGGAUGGACUUGGUUGUUGUUGUUGGGUUCCCAGGCUACUCAAAUGAUGAAAGUUUCUGUUCACAUCCUCACCACUUAUCUGGCUGUCAUAAGUGUUUUGUGUUUCUGGACUAACCAGAUUUUUUGGGGAGUUGCUUUUGCUGUUGGAGCUGCUCUUCAGUUCUUGUAUGUUAUAUCCGUCAUAGACAGACUUCCAUUUACGAUGCUGGUUCUGCAAAAAGCUGUGAAGAUGGUUUGGAAUCUUCCCGAGGUCAUGAGAGUGUCUUAUGCAUUCAUGUUUGCUGUGCUUUUAUGGAUGGCCUUAUGGUCAUUUGGAGCAGCAGGUGUUGUCGCUUCAAACUUGAGUGACGGGGGACGCUGGUGGCUUCUUGUGGUUUUUUCUGUAAGCUUAUUUUGGACAGGUGCAGUGCUCUGUAAUACUGUGCAUGUUAUAGUGUCUGGGAUGGUGUUUCUUGUUCUUCUUCAUGGUGGUAGAGAGGCAGCUUCAAUUCCUGCUAACUCCUUAAUGAAAUCUUUGCAGUAUGCUUUAACAACAUCUUUUGGUAGCAUUUGUUAUGGCUCAUUAUUCACUGCGGCUAUCAGGACACUGCGAUGGGAGAUACGUGGACUUAGGUCAAAGAUUGGCAACAAUGAGUGUUUGCUUUGCUGUGUUGAUUUCCUCUUUCAUCUUGUGGAGACUCUUGUUCGAUUUUUUAACAAAUAUGCCUAUGUUCAGAUAGCUGUUAAUGGUAAAAGCUUUAACAAUUCGGCUAGAGAUGCAUGGGAGUUAUUCCAAUCAACUGGGGUUGAGGCACUUGUGGCAUAUGAUUGUUCAGGUGCUGUUCUGCUAAUGGGCACCAUUUUUGGUGGAUUGAUAACUGGAACUUGCGCUGGUGUUUGGGCGUGGGUUAAAUGGAGUGAUAGAGUUAUUAUGAUUGGCUCUACAUCCAUGCUCAUGGGUAUGGUUUUGGUUGGAUUGGCAAUGGUUGUGGUGGAGAGUGCUGUUACAUCGAUAUAUAUUUGCUAUGCAGAAGACCCUUUAUUGAUUCAGAGAUGGGAUGCUGAAUUUUUCAACCAGAUGUCAGAGACACUACAUCACCGACUUCAAUAUAGGAGUGCUCGAGCCAGGGACUAUCGAUUCCAUGAUGACCCUAUACGAGAAAACGCCUCUAUUUGAGGAUUCACAUGUGUUGUCUUCUUUUGUUCUACAACAGUUUAUUUAUCCAUUGUGUAGAUCAUAUCUAUAGCAUAUUUUCAUAUAAAUUUGGUGUUAAAUUAAUAGGAAUAGAAGAAGGUUUCUGGUGGUGGUGUAAUCAGCAAUGUAGAAUUGGAUGAGUGAAAAGGUCAUGGUUACCUCAUUGCUUGGUGUGUAGGGAUGGGUAUAUAUAAACCUCAAAAUUGUACAGUUUCUUUUAUUUUUGACAAAAAAUAAAAAGCAGUUACACUAUUAAGA